AUGUCGGAACGAAAGAAAAGUCUCAUCACUACUGUUCAUAAUCAGAGAAAGUAUUCUCAAGGUGAGACCGGAUAUUGUCGGGUUCGUGGACAAGUUGCGGGAAACUGUAAACUCGCCAAACAGUUUGUUCAUUGGUUCGUGCGUCAGUUCUGAUAGUGUUGGCUUCAUAACUAGUCAUAUUGUAUUCCUUCGAAGUGUCGUCCACCUGUCCACAAACACCUAAACCUACAAUAUCACCCACGCAUUUUUACGUACUUUAUCGAAAAACUAAAGAACUUCAAUGUGUUCUUUCUAAUGUUCCAACUAAUUGGAUUCGUAUCUUUGAGCUUUGUGUACUAGAGCUUGAAAUCCAGUUUUUGAGACCUCUGGCCUCUCGGAUAUUGCUGGAAAUACUGUUUAGCUUCCCGAGGACGGGAUCUAGGCACGAACACUAUAAUAUUUCAUUGCUUCCCGUAUACCAACUCUCUCUCUCUCUCCAUCUCUCUAUCUCCCUCACCCAUUCAUUCAAAAUUGCUCCCUUGAUAAUCUAUCCGUUUUUCUCGCGCUCUUUGUUGCCAAAACGAAAGAUGAAACAACAAGUUUUCGAGGGAAAAUGGCAUAGAAAAGGAAAAGUAUCAAGUUUCGUUUCAUUUUCCAAUUCUUCAUUCCCACAAUGAAUAUGAUAUAGAGAAAUAAAGAAGAAGAAGAAGAAGAAGAAGAAGAAGGGAGUCUGAAAAAUGAAUUUUCAGUGGCGAAGGCGGCGGUCCUCUCGUCGGCGAUGUUGGCCCGCAAGAACUCGUCGUCGCGCGGAGCACCCGGCUCGGUGGCGCCGUUCGGAGCACGCGAGAGCAUCGCGGCCAUCUCGGACAUGCUCAGCACACAGCACAAGAAGCCAGUUAGGAGCAGUGAGUUUAGACUUGGAAUCUUUGAAGCAAAACAAUCACACACUUCCCCCCAAAUUUCUGUUCAGGUUACGUAGAAAGUGAUCGAGUCGAGUGGGCCCUCAAAAUCGCAUGUACAAUAUCAAUGAUAACGGUACCACCCUUUUUUUGUCCUCUGUUUCAUUCUGAUCCCUCAGGUCUGUUUGCACACGCCACGAACGAUCGAACUGUGCCCACCGCUGACUUACAUAAUACUCGUGGCCGACUUCAUUUCUGUAUCAAUUUUUAUGUUGGAUUCAGUCCUUCGCAUCCAUUACGAAGGCAUUUUUCGAGUGAGCUCCUCCUUUGAAACAGUCGGCAAAAAGUGUUUGCAGUGCGAUUCCUCAUAUUUAUCGAAUCGCUGGUCGCAAUUCUCCGUGUUCAUCUCCAUCAUUCAUCUACUCUCGUUCCUUCUUCAUGUUUAUCAACUUAUUGGUAAUCGAUCUUGUUUUUUAGACGAACAUUACAUGGUCCCAUACUUUCAGACACAUUUUUUCCGUUUCUACACCUCAACUAUCGUACUUGGUACGGCGCGAUCCGGUCCAUUCGGCCGUUCAUCAUCAUUCGAUUGAUACCAUUGAUCGUCAAGUUCAAAUUGCCCAAAAACCGGAUUGAACAACUGUUAAAGUGAGUCUCAAACUGCGAUUCUCCGAACGAGAAGAGCCAAAUUGGAUUGCAGACGUUCAUCGCAACAAGUCAAAAACGUCACACUGUUUUUCGUGUUCUUCAUGACACUCUAUGCGAUUUUCGGCAUUCAACUAUUCGGCCGAAUGGACUAUCAUUGUGUGCAGCCACGUGAGUCUUUUCACGAUGUUUUCAUUGACAUGGCUGGGGGGUUAGUUUGUGUUUCUCUACCAUUCGUGUCCCCGAACCGUUUUCGCGCGUUCUCAUUAAACGUCGGGGUGCAACACCUUUAUUCUCAUCAGUUCGCUUGAAGAACGGUGUUCUUUAGCCAAAAUGAUACCUCGGUGAGUUGUGUAGAACUGAACGAAAACCUAGAAGCAGAACGACAAUAUCAAAGUAUCUGAAACACAAUUCCAACGAUACAUUUGCAGACACCGACCCGAACAACGUGACGAUUAUGGAUCUGGCGAUUCCGGACACGAUGUGCGCGCCGGAGGGCAUCGGCGGCUACGAGUGCCCGAAUCCGAUGGUGUGCAUGCAACUGAACCUGAACGCGAAGGGCGAGGGCUUCUACGGAAUGUUCAACGACUUUGGCGCCUCCGUUUUCACCGUCUAUCUGGCCGCCUCGGAAGAGGGAUGGGUGUACGUGCUGUACGACUGCAUGGACUCGCUGCCUUCGUACCUCGCCUUUCUCUACUUUUGUACUCUCAUCUUCUUUCUCGCCUGGCUCGUCAAGAACGUCUUCAUUGCGGUGAUCACGGAGACGUUCGCUGAGAUUCGCGUGCAGUUCAGUGAGAUGUGGCAGAAGAAGGAGGUGACGUUGGACGAGGGGUUCAGGAAGAAGUUGGAGAAGACUGACGAGGGGUGGAGGUUGAUCCGGUUGGAUGGAGAAGUGGAGACCGAGGGACCCAAGCAGAAGUUGCAAAUGGUAAGUGUAAAUCCAUUUCAAGUCGUAUCAAGUGUCUAUGUUCAGAUGCUCCGCAGCAUGUACUUCCAAUGCUUCGUCAUCAUUUUCGUCGUCCUCAACGCCAUCGGAAACGCGAUGUUCGUCUACCGACACGACGAAACGGACGUUCCCCGAAAGCACAAUUUCUACCUGUUCGAAGUCGGCUUCACAAUCCUCUUCAACGUGGAGUGCAUCAUCAAAAUACUGUGCUACGGAUUCCGCAAUUUCAUCCGAAGAGGCAUCUUCAAAUUCGAACUCAUUCUGUGCAUCGGAAGCUCUCUGAAUUGCGUCAAGUUCUUCUACGAACGAAACUAUUUCACCUACUUCCAAACUUUCCGACUUUUACGGCUCAUCAAGGCGUCUCCGAUUCUGGAGGAUUUCGUUUGGAAGAUUUUCAGUCCGGGCAAGAAGUUGGGCGGACUCGUGAUCUUCACAAUCGCAUUCAUCUGCUGCUGCUCCGCAAUCUCACUCCAACUCUUUUACUCGGUUCCCAAUCUUCAUCACUUUCGCACUUUUCCGCAGGUAAAUAGAUAAUGCCCCUUACCAAUCAACCGUGUAGACUUGUAAUCGUUACAUGAUGAACUUGAAACGGUAAACUUUUGCUCUAUUCCAGGCGUUCAUGUCCAUGUUCCAAAUCAUCACUCAGGAGGGAUGGACGGAUCUAGUUGUAGAAGUGCUGAGAGCGACUGACGACAACCUGGUCCCUUUCGUUGCCCUCUACUUUGUCGCCUAUCAUCUUUUUGUCACUUUGGUAAGCCGUUGACUUGCAAGAGUUGGAGCCAACAACUGCACAUUCUCUUCAGAUUGUGCUCUCGUUGUUCGUCGCCGUAAUCCUGGAUAACCUGGAAAUGGACGAGGAGCUCAAGAAGGUGAAGCAGUUGAAGGCGAGAGAAGCGACGACGUCGAUGAGAUCCACGCUUCCCUGGAGGCUCAGAGUCUUUGAAAAGUUUCCGACGAGACCUCAGAUGGCCGCGAUGCGGAAGUCAGUUGCAGCCCUUGUUUUUCCGAGCCCAGACUGUUUGGUUUCAGAGCGGACAGUGACUUUCCGAUGCCAAAAGUGCGUGGCAGUUUUACGCAUCAGUUCGCAGUGGAUCACAGUUUGGAAUCGACUGAUAUCAUGGAGACCGAGUUUGAAUUCCCUAAAAAACUCAUGAAAUCGGCGGGCAAACGGAAAAUCUCGAAAAGCGGGCUCAGUUUCCGUCAGAUCGGCUCCACCUCGCUCCGCUGUUCGCUCAACAACCUUCUCGAGUGAGUCCGCAAGUGAUCCCCCCCCAUCCGCAUGCCCUCCUUCUCCGUGUUCUCUUCCCUUUUCUGUUCCCUAACCCCUUUGUGUGUGUGUGUGUGUGCUCUCAACUACAGUAAUCCCCCCCACAGGAUCUCAUCUCGUCCCGAUUCCCCUUUGCAGAAUGUCCGAUCGCACCCGUCAAUCGUUGUCUAAUUCGUUGUCUUUUUUGCCUCAUUUCACACGUUCGUCCGGCAGUUUGUACCCGCGAAAAGACGCCCUACCGUAGGUUUUGCAAAAAAUGGGAGUAGGGGGGGUCUACCACAUCCACCUUUUUGAGUUCCCCCAACACACACGUGAGUAGUAGUAGUGGUCCUUGUCCAUUCAUCCAUUUCAAUUUCACCUUUUCCUUUUUCCUUUUCACCCUAUCAGUUUGGUCCUUCUUGUCCAUAGUCCAGUCGAGGUCAACAUCAUUUACAGAAGCAAUUCUGACGAGAAACUUCCAGAAAAUCACGGUCCAUGACCGGAAAAUUCCUUCAAACCGCCGUGCGAAACAAGCAGUUCAACAUGUACAGCGAGAACGGCGAUCUCUCGCGGCCCUCCGACUCGGCGCCCAAAAAGAACGCCAAGCAGGGCGAGAUCGACAUCCGAGCACUGCAGCAGAAGAGACAGCUGGCGGAGAUCACGCGGAACCGCAUCGAGGAGGACAUGCGCGAGAACCAUCCGUUCUUCGACCGGCCCCUCUUCCUCGUCGGCAGAGCUUCGCAGCUCCGCGAGUUCUGCAAGAAGCUGGUGCAUUCAAAGUACGCCAGUCAGGACGACGGCAUCAACGGAGGCGGCAAGACGAAGAAGAGGUUCAAGGAGAUCAGGGCGCUCAUCGGAAUCAUGCCCUACAUCGACUGGGCGAUGGCCACCGUCACCAUCCUCUCGUGCAUUUCUAUGCUCUUCGAGAGUCCCUGGCCCACAACCGGCGAGAACCUCGUCAUGAACAACUUCUAUCUUCAGGUAUUCAACAAGAUUCAUGUAGGCUCGUAGAGUACUCAAGACUUGCAGAUCUGCGACUACUUUUUCGUACUUGCGAUGACUUUUGAACUCGUCGUCAAAAUCAUCGCCAAUGGCCUGUUCUUCACCCCGAAAGCAGUGGUCCGAGACGUCGGCGGUGUCAUGAACCUCUUCAUUUACUUUGUAAGCAUACAGUAUCCUUCCUUAUCCUCUAUGCGUUUCAGACAUCUGUGAUCUUCCUUGCCUGGAUGCCAAAGCACGUGGAAAUCAACAGUCUGGCUCAGUUUCUCAUGAUUUGCAGGGCAAUGAGACCUCUGAGGUAUCCUUAGAUAUAUAUUCGUUCAUGAGCUCAAGUGGUUCAGAAUCUACACGCUGGUGCCUCACAUCCGUCGCGUCGUUCUCGAGUUCUUUCGAGGCUUCAAAGAGAUCGUGCUCGUCACCAUUCUGAUGAUCGUCGUCAUGUUCAUCUUUGCGAGCUUCGGAGUUCAGAUUGUCGGCGGAAAACUCGCCGCUUGCAAUGACCCGACUGUUCAGUCAAGGGUAAGAGCUGGCUCUAGUUCCAUUUGAUGAUGUCAACUUUUAGGACAACUGCACCGGCGUCUUUUGGCAGAAGCUCUUCGUAACCCGCUUGGAAGUCUAUGGAAAGGACUCGGAAGCAAUGCACCCGAAGAUCAUGGUGCCACGCGUCUGGACGAAUCCCCGCAACUUCAACUUUGACCACGUCGGCAACGCAAUGCUCGCCCUCUUCGAGACGCUCAGCUUCAAGGGAUGGAACGUGAUCCGAGACAUUCUGUGGACCCGUCACGGUCCGUGGGCGGUCGUCUUCAUCCACAUCUACGUGUUCAUCGGCUGCAUGAUCGGACUCACCCUCUUCGUCGGCGUCGUCAUCGCCAACUACACUCAGAACCGAGGAACCGCUCUUCUCACCGUUGACCAGAGAAGGUGGCACGACCUGAAAGCGCGUCUCAAGAUGGCGCAGCCGCUUCACGUUCCCCCAAAACCGUCGGAAUCCGCGCGUCUACGCACCAAACUGUACGAUCUGACGAUGAGUCGAUGGUUCAACCAGGCGUUUGCUCUUCUCGUCGUCCUCAACUCGUUCACCCUGGUGAUUCCGUGGAAUGUGGAGGAGGAGGAGCAGAGAUCGACGUACGUGUUCACAGUGACCGCGUGCUCCGCAGUCAUGAACAUGCUCUUCGUCGUCGAAAUCAUCCUCAAAGUCAUCGCGUACACGUUUUCCGGAUUCUGGCAGUCGAGACGCAAUCGAGUUGAUCUGCUUAUCACCGUGUUCGGAGUCAUCUGGAUCUUCCUCCACUUCUUCGUGGCUCUUCCCUCUUCGAAGAUCGAUGUGACUGUGCAAGUAGAGCUAAAGAAGUUCACAUUCACUUUCGGAUAUCUCGUCGUCAUCCUACGAUUCUUCACCAUUGCCAGUCGAAACUCGACGUUGAAAAUGCUGAUGCUGACUGUGGUCAUGUCGAUGUUCCGUUCGUUCUUCAUCAUCACCGCCCUCUUCCUGCUCGUUCUGUUCUACGCCUACACCGGCGUCAUCCUCUUUCCGAUGGUCAAGUACGGAAUGGCAGUAAGCAAGUGAGUGCUACAGUAAUCCAAUGGAUAUACUUUGCUUCAGACACGUCAACUUCCGAACGGCUUCCGAAGCGCUCGUCGUCUUGUUUCGAUGCUUGACCGGAGAGGAUUGGAAUGAUAUUAUGCAUGAUUGCAUGGUAAGACUGCAAGGAUUACUGUAAAAUGAGUAGGGUAUGUUCAGAGAAGUGCGCCAUUUUGCUAUUGGAUCGAAGGGAUGAACUACUGGGAGACGGACUGCGGAAACUAUUACGGAGCCAUCAUCUACUUCUGCUCCUUCUACCUCAUCAUCACCUAUAUUGUACGGAAUCUUCUCGUCGGUCAGUUGCCCUCUGAUUUCUAGAUAUCCAUCCUCCUUUCAGCUAUCAUCAUGGAGAACUUCUCGCUGUUCUACUCUUCGGAAGAGGACGCUCUGCUCAGUUAUGCAGACAUUCGCAACUUCCAAUACGUCUGGAACAUGGUCGAUCAAGAGCAGAAGCGAACGAUUCCAGUGGGGAGGGUGAAGUUCCUGUUGAGAUUGCUGAAAGGCAGGCUGGAAGUGGAUCCUGAGAAAGAUCGGAUACUAUUCAAACACAUGUGCUAUGAGAUGGAACGGCUGCACAACGGCGAGGAGGUCUCCUUUCAUGAUGUGCUUUAGUGAGUUUUGAAGAGUUUAUAAUAUACCGUAACCUACAUUUCCUCUGUUCCAGUAUGCUCUCCUACCGAUCAGUGGACAUUAGAAAGUCUCUGCAACUCGAAGAGCUCCUGCAGAGAGAAGAACUCGAGUUCAUAAUAGAAGAAGAAGUGGCGAAGCAGACGAUCCGAACAUGGCUCGAAGGAUGCCUUCGAAAGUUGAGAAACCCGAGUCUGAAGGACGUGGAAGGCGUGCUUCCGUCGUUCCUCGGAGGCCAUCCCGUACUCCAUUCGUCCGGCCAUUCAUCCAUCUCACACGACGAUCCGAUAAUAGCGCAACGUCUUCGAUUCGAAGGAACCACCCGCGGAGACAGUGUGGAGAGUGAGGAGACGGAGAGCAGUGAAGAAGAGACGCCGCCGCCGAUUAGGAAGAAGGCGAACGUCAAGAAUCGGAGGGGAAGCAUUCCAGAUGUACUUUCGGUUAGUCUCCUCCAUUCACGCACUCAUUCAUAAAGUAUUUUCAGAGAGCCGGACUCUUCCAAGAAGCCGCUCGCAAGUUUAUGAUCGGAAGUUCGAGCGAGAAGAAACAAGUGAAGGUACAUGUCAAUCCCUUUUAGAUUCUGACCUGACCCCGAGUGUUUAGCUAUAGUUUGAAGUGAAAAAGUGAAAGAGUCCAUCCAUUGUCCGAGUGUUUCCCUGCCUCAAGCUUUUUUCCUUUUUUCCAUUGCAGUCGCGAUCGCCUGAAACCGUCCAAUUGCUUCCGAAACGAGCUAGUUCGGAAAUCCGAAAGGGUUCCGGACAGCCCAAGAAUUUCCAUGUGAGUUGUUGUUCUGCAUUGCCCCUUUGUCGCUUUCCAUGUACAACCGUUUGUUUCGCAUCAUCUUUGCUACCCCGAAUUCUCAUGUUUUCAGCUACAACUGAAUGUCUACGACCUGCCAGACGUCGAGGAACGCGGCGAAGAGUCGCCGUUUUCGCCGAAGAACAUGGCGGACGACUUGAUGGGAGAACACUCCCCACUUGUAAGCAAGCAAUCGCGCUCUACCGAUAAUCUCCGCGCCGUUUUGCAGGUGAUAACCCCCUCUCUACCGGUGCCGUCGACACAGGGAAGUCCGAGACCGCAGAUGCCCAGUGAAACGACGAAAGACAUUGAGAAGUGGUGGAACGCGCUUAUCGACUGA